CAAUUCUCCAACUUGUUUAUUUUUAUUUUAUUAUUAUUAUUAUGUAUUGCUUCAGUAUUUAAAUACCCGUCUUCCUAUUAUUCUUGUUUAUAGAGUGAUGGGAAUGCAAUUGGAAAAAUUGAGAGCUUCUGGUGCGAUAAAAAUGCUGUCUUUGAUCAUUUUAGUGAUUGAAAAUGACUGAAGACUUGAAUAAACAUGUAAUUGCAAAGAAAGAAGAGACUAUAUAAGUGAUAAGAUUUUUCUGAGCUGUCUGACUUUGCAAAAUGAUCUUUGUUCUUUGAGGCACCAUGGGGGCUUGAAAUUUUGCCUUCCCUGAUGCUCCAGUCUUUAAGAUUUGGAUAUAAAGUUAAGAAAUCUUAGAACCUGACCUCAGUUAUGUAUUGGUUUUGCUGUUCUUGAGAUAUACACAAGGUUUCAUAUUUCAGUUUUAAUAUAUUUGAAAUUGUGGAUAUGUCAUGUAAGGAGGCUAAGGAGAUUUCUUGAGCACUGAAUUUCCCAAGCAUGCAAUGUCCUUAUUCCUUGUGGAUUCUUCUGGUAUUAUCCUGGUGGCUGCUGUUUAAUGGAAUUUGUGUGUAUUAUUAGUUUAUUACUCAUAUAGUCAGAACUAGAAUUUUGAGGCAGUAGCAAUGGCUGCAAUGCUAAUCAUCUGGCUUUUACUGUGUCUUGUAGUGUAAUCAUCUGCCUUCUUGCCUGAGUCUCUUUGUUUUGAGUGAUUAGGGAAACCCGCGGCCACUACUCGAGGGUGUGCACGGGGUUAAUCCCCCUUGUGACCCUAGCCGACAAAGGACCACAAGGAUGUAAACCACCUUAGAUUGCUCAUAGCUGACUGACUUAAACCGAGAAGGCUAAUAAGCUACUCUUGUUGGAAGUCGAACUUGUAACCUAGUGGUUACCAAGGUCUUGUAGUACUAAGUCAACUGCCUGAUCAAUUUGGCUGGGGUUGCCCCUCAUGCGUCUUUUCUAUGUUAUUGUUGCCUGAUAGAGUGAUAUGACUAAUUACUUGCAGGACUUCUGCACAGGGUUUCAUUAAUUUUUAUUAUUCUCUUAAGUGCUGCAGCUGUUACACUACAGGAGUGGAUUUGCAAAAGUGUGCAUUUUAACUUUUAAGAUACAGAAGGCUGCUGGAAAAUAAAGACAAAGAAGAGUGUGACAGCAGUUGAUUUAGGCCAGAAAUGAAACUUUUUGAUGCUCAUUGUCAUCUUCAAGACCCACGGAUCUUUAAUAUGGUCCCGCGAUUAAUUAGGACAACCCUUGAUACAGGAGUGGUUCAUUUUGCGGUGAAUGGUGUGUGUGAGAAGGAUUGGCACAUAGUCAAGGAGAUGAGCAACAGCUAUCCUUGUGUUGUUCCAAAUUUCGGGAUCCAUCCCUGGUACAUUGCCGAGAGGACACCUAAUUGGUUGAAAACAUUGAAGGAAUACUUUGACGCUACACCUGAAGCUGCGGUUGGUGAGAUUGGUUUGGAUAAAGGUUCAAUGGGAAAGAAGAUUGAUUUUGCUGAUCAGGUUGAAGUCUUCCGCCAACAACUUCAGCUCGCCAAAGAGUUGAAAAGACCCGCGUCUAUUCAUUGUGUCCGAGCUUAUGGUGAUCUUCUUGAGAUACUGAAAUCUAUGGGUCCAUUCCCUUCUGGAGUUAUCCUUCAUUCUUUCCUUGGCUCUGCUGAAAUGGUUCCUGAAUUUGCUAAGCUUGGUGCUUACUUCUCGCUCUCUGGGUUUCUGAUGUCUUUGAAAGAAAGCAAGGCAAAGAAGAUGUUACGUUCAAUUCCUAUUGAAAGGAUUUUGUUGGAGACAGAUGCACCCGAUGCUUUUCCAAAAUUAAACAAUCCAGAUACUUUGUUUUUGAUAGAAGAUGAAACCUCUGCUUCUAAAGAAAGUGGCGGUGAAGGACAAAUUCCAAUUCCUGAUAAUGAUAGUUCUGCCAAAACUUUGUCUUCUUCGUCAAUGCCAAAAGAAACCCUAAACCAUCCAGCUAACAUUCAUCAUGUUCUUCACUACGUAGCAUCUUUACUUGAUAUGAGCGAGGAAAAACUCGCUGAUUUAAGCUUUUCAAAUGCAAUGCAGCUGUUCUCAUACGAAGGUUCAAAAGUGCAGCAGUGAGGUGCAAAGCGAUCUGUGAAUCUGUGUCUCUGAACUUUCAGUAACAGAAACCAGUCAUAAGUGGGGCAGAGACGACGUUUCAAUCAGAUAUUUGGUAAUGUGAGUCGGGAUAUCUCUCAUCUCUCAUUGAUAUGUGCAUUUUAGCUUCGAGAUUAGUUCAAAUUGCUUUCUCUUAAAGUAACCGAGGCACACACUGUCUGUGUCUGCUCGCCCUGGAUCUUCUUCAUACUUGUAUUGCAAGAAAUGUUAACUUCAAAAUAGCGUAACGUAAGGAUAGCUAAGAUGGAUAAGCCAAUGUAUGUAUCCUUUUGUGUUUUUUGCAUUAUCUCGAUCUACAAAUGGUGUAAUCUACCUGAUGUAUAUGUAUCUGGUUUUAGCAUGGGAGGUUACUUGCUUUCGUGGCGAGUUGUGCAUCUGGAAGAGAUAAAGAUGAAACUUGAAAGGGAAAGGGAUAGAAGAUGAAUAUGAAGCCUUUACAACAUAGCAUAGUCGUCAUGGCUGAUCUGUUCCCAGUAUAUAUGUUUCUUCUCAAUUACAGUUUGAGAUUCCCCUUGCGUCAAGAAUUGAAGUGGCUGCCGAAUUUAACUACUCCAUUUCAUGUGAUAAUCAUGACAUUAUUCUUAUGCAACUAGUUCCUGGGAUUCUGCUAAUUUUCUAGAAUAUGCAUGCCGUCCUAUGUUGCUUGCUUGUGAUGACAUGCUGCCUACUACAACGUAGCUUGCACACAAUGAGAAUUGUUUUCUUUUUCUUUUC